AUGGCUCUUGUCGAAACUUCGCGACUCGCGCCGCAGUCAAACUCGACAACGCCCGCUGCUCCUUGCCGCCACGGAUCCUCGUCCACUCUCCCCGACACUUUCCGCGAAGGUUCCCGUCCGCACGUCGCGACCGUUGCGGCUGCUACAGCCGCUGCAGGAAGUAUCGCCAUUACAACCGCUGUUUCCGACGCUGCUGCCGCGUCGUCUCAAGUCAUGUCGCCGUCGCCGCCAGUAGGCAGCUGCAGGGAUCGCACGCCGUCGCCUUGUCGCCUGGCGACGGAGUCGCACGACCCGGCGACGGAGAACCACAUCCCGGACAAUGCCGCCGCGGUCGCCGCCGCGACUCACGGGCAUCAGCCCACGUGCGUCCCGCCUAUGCACUUCGCCCUUCGCGCGUCCACGUCGGCGCCACAUCCGCAUGCCACGUCACACCCGGAGGGUUCGAGCGGGAUCUCCGCCGCACCCAAAGGAGACCGUAGCAGCAGCAGUCCUGAGAAACGUCGCAACUCAAUGUCGGGCCGCCCGCGAAACAUUUCACCACUAUGGUACCCUCACGGGGCCUCUUCGAGCUCGACAGCGUCUGGCGUAGCGGCAGAGGCGGCGGCAGAUGUGGCGGUGAAGCGGCGGGCCAGCAUCACUUUGUCCCCUUCGCCCAUAGCGGUGUCUGCUCCCAUUGGCGCUUCCCCCGCGCGGUCCUCCUCCGCGCGCGCGCUCUGGCACCGACGCCACCACGCGCAGGAAAGCGCGGGGGCGGAAGCGGCGGGCGACAGGAAGCUGCCGGGCAUCGACUCCGCCGACAGCCCCGCGGAUUCCCCUUCCUCUUCUUCCCCCUCCACCUCCGCCCGUCGUUUCCUCCGCUUGCUUUCCUCGCGAGCCGGUCUCCUCUCCCCGUCCGCCUCUUCCGGUCGUUCCGCUACCCGCGCGCCGUCCGCCGACGGCGCGUCCGCUGACAUCAGCAGUCGCAGCAGCAGCACGCCGCGGGAAGGGUGGGGAAAAUUAGAGGCGGUGGGGAGUUUCCGUAAAGGGUCAAGGGGCAGUGCGCGGGGGAACGAGGAGGGCGGCGGAGCGUCUGCGGGAGCAUCAAGCGCAGCGUCGGGAGGAGAGGGACAGAGCACCGGACGCUGGGGCGGCAAGGGCGCGGGUGCGGGCGCCGGGGCGGGCGCGGGCGGGGGUGCGGGCGUGGGCGGAUUACUCUCCCCGCUGGCCAAGGGGAGGUCCCGUAGCCCGCUGUCAAUGGUUCAUUAUUAUCACCACUCUCGCAACAGUCACAUUCACGACCACGACGCCGACGCGGCGUCGCACUCCUACCAGCCCGCGUUCCUCAGUCCCCGCGACGCGAGUAACGCCGCCGCAGCCGCCGCCGCCGCCGCCGCCGCCGCUGCUGCUGCGAGCAGCGGCGGCGGCGGUAGCGCGGGGGCCAACGGGGGGAUCCACAGGGGCGGGAAGAUCCCCGCGCGGGGGAGCAUGGUGAGCAAAUCGUCCCCGCUCUCCCCUCCGCCUUCCGCCUCCGCGCCGUCCUUCUCCCUUGCGCGGCUCAUGGCGCGCUCCAUCUCGAACAUCGAGCGCCGCUCCACGUCACUCAACGACGCGGCUGACGCGGCACUCGCGGCGGCGUCCGCCGCGGGGAUUGUGGUUCCCGGGCCGCCGGGGGUUUGCGCACCUGGCGGCGCGCCAGGCGCGGUGACGGCAGGAGGAGCAGAAGUUACGGAAGGGGCGACGAGCUCUAGCGCCAACGGCGGCGGCGGCAGCAGCAGCAGCAGCGGCAGCAGUGGCUUCAGUCGCUUGCUGAGUGCCAAGAACCGUCUGAAAAGCCUCGUUAUAGGGCCCUCCGUUACCACGUCUGCCACCACUUAUGCAGAACACCCCCAAGUGCCUGUUCCCGCCUGCUCCUCCUCCUCCUCUUCCUCCACCUACCCCCUCGCCUCCCCCAACCCCCUCCCGCCAGCCGCGGCGUUCGCCACGUCAGCAUCGCCGCGCGUGAUGCACGGGCCAAUCAACGGCGACUUCGCGAAGGCGUCGUUUCUUCGCCCGUCCACGCCGGACCUCCCAAUCCCCUCGCUCCUCCUCCUAGACCCGGCGAUCGCUUGCUCCGUCCUCUCCGCCUCGCACGAGCCGUUGCUUCUCGUAGAUCAACGGUCGGCGUGCAUUGUUGCUGCGAGCGCGGGCGUGGUCUCAGCUUUAGGGUUCGAGACUCCUAAAGAGCUAGUAGGUCGGUGCUUCUUCGACCUCUUGGAUUACGUGAAGCACGGGGAGUGGGAUAAGGCGACCGCCGCGGCAGCCGCUACGGGAACGUCCGCAGGCGCCGUUUCGUUAAGAGUGCGGUUUAUAAAGAGCGACCGCAAGGGGUCUUUAGUGGGGCAGAGAGUACAGGUGGAGUUGCAGCUGCCGCCGCCCGCGGCCACCGCCGCUACAGCCGCGACAGCCGCCGCCGCCGCUGCCGCCAGCGCGUCGUCGCCGGCGGCGGCGGCGGCGGCCGCGACAGCCGCGGCGGCAGCGUCGCAGCCGCCUCUGCUGGUGUCGCUCGCGCCAGUCGCGGCGAUCGAGGCGAGUCUGUCGGCCGCGUCGUCCUCUCUGGCCUCCACUCCCCACCCGCAACUCUCGGAGCACGAGCGGUUCGGUGGAGCUGCAGUGACGGGAGAAGGAGGAGGUGGUGGGGAUGAUGUGAGUGUGGGUGACGAUUGCAGUGGUGAUAAUGAUGGUGAUGGUGGCGGGGAGGAAAGUGGAGGGUUGGACGAGCGCGGGGUGGGCAACGCGGGGGGGUUCCGCUUCUCCAUGCGCCUGCGCAUGAAUACGGAGGACGACUGGGGGGACGAUGAGAAGGACGCGGAGGGGGAAGAGGCGGAGGAGGAGGAGGAGGAGGAGGAGGAGGAGGAGGAGGAGGAGGAGGAGGAGGAGGAGGAGGAGGAGGAGGAGGAGGAGGAGGAGGAGGAGGAGGAGGAGGAGGAGGAGGAGGAGGAUGGGGAGGGGGACGGGGGGAGGAGAGGCUGUGAUGGUGCUGGGCGGGGAAGAUUGGACGGUAGCGCGGCGUAUGAGGAUGAUGAUGAUUUGGACGUGUUGGGCGGAGAUGACGAGUGCGCGUGGGGGCGGGGGGGACGCGCGGAUGGGUCGUCCAUAGGCGGGGGAGCGGGGAGGGGCGCGCGGGGGGAGCGGGGCGGGAGAGGAGGGAGCAGCGGGGAGGAAGGGGAGGAUGAGGAGGAUGCGGAGGACGGGGAGGAUGGGAGGUGGGAGGAGAGGAGGGAGGCGAUGAUAUGGCAUGGCGUGUCUGACGGUAUGCCGUCGUUCCGCCUUCAAGCCAUGGACGAGUUUCCACCAGACCGCUUCACGCCUGCUCUCGCCCCUGCCUCUGCUGCUGCUGCUGGGGAAGGAGGGAAGAGGAAGGGAGGGAAGGAGACGGGGCGGCAGGAGAAGGGGAGAGAGAGGAAGGACGGCGAGGAGAGAGCGAGGAAGGCGUCUCCUUUGAAAUGGCUCAAGGCGUCUCUGGGUCAUUCGCAGCAGCGGCAGGAGGAGCAGGGGGAGGAAGAGGAGGCGGAGGAGGAAGAGGAAGAGGAGGAGGUGGAGGAGGGGGGGGCGAGCAAGGGCGGUAAGGAAGGGAAUGGGGAGAAGAGCGAGAAGGGAGUGGAUCGGUCUGCGUCCCCCCAUGCCGGGAUCUUUAAGCGUAUGUGGAGUAUGGGGGGAGGGGCCGGGGGAGGAGAAGCAGGGGGAGUGGCAGCGCCUGGAGCAGGAGCAGGGGGGACUGGGGGAAUAGGGGCUGGGGGAGGGGGAGGGGGAGGGGGAGGGGGUUUUGACGAUGUGGAUGUGAGCUUUUGCAGCAGUACAGGGAGCAGCAGCACGAGCGGUGCUGGUCGCACCAAUAGCACUGCCGCCAUCACCAUCAGUUCCUCCUCUUCCUCCUCCUCCUCCUCCUGCCACACUGCCAACCACGCGAAUAGCGUAGCACUGGAGUCAGCAGCAGGCACUGCCGCUGGUGCUGCUCCUGGCGGUGCCGCUGGUAGUGGAACAGCAGCAGCUGUCGGAGAGGCUGAGAGGAGCGUCAGCGUCAGCAGCAGCAGCGGCAGUGGCAGUGGCAGUGGCAGCGGCAGGGUGCCACGGACAGUGUCGGCAGGUGGGGAGGUGAGCAGGAGUGCGGCGGCCAGUGCAGGCGCGGCAGGAACCCCCAAGAGCAGCGCCAGCAGUGCCUGGGGGCUCAUGGGCUGGGGUCGAGGAGGGGGAGGGGCGGGAGACAUCUCUGCAGCAGCAGGGGAAGCAGGGGGAGCAGGAGGGGCAGGGGGGGCACUGGCAGCAGGAGCAGCAGUGGGAGGUGGAGGGGUGUAUGAGCGGAGGGAGGAGAGGAUUCCAGCUUCCCCUGUGGCUGUGGUGUCUGGUGCUGAUGGGGUGGUGCGCCUGGGGAAUGGGCUGGAGGGCAAGAAAUGGGUCGACAUGAGGGGGUAUGGGGGAGAUUCCAGGGCGAGUUUGGGAGGAGCGACACGUGGUGUUUCUUCUGCUGCUGCUGGUGCGGUUGAGGAGGAGGUGGAUGAGGAGGUGAGGGAGGAGGAGGAGGGAGGGAGCAGGAGUGUGGUGGGUAAGGUGAUGCGCCGGUCUAUCACUCUAGUGGUUGGGAAGAGGGAGGGUAAGGGAAAGCAAGAGGGUAGUGAGAGGAGUGAGAGGGUUGAGAGGGGCGAGCAGGUGAAGGAGCCGAGGGAGCAGCCGGUGUGUGGCAAGGGAGGGGAGGAGGGAGGGGGAGUGGGAGUCGGGAGGAAGUUGACAGAUAAGGGGACGUGGGGAGGGUGGGCGGAUGAGGGGGAAAAGGAUGACUGGUUCUGGUGA